AUGGAGAAGUCAACUCGCAGUUUUUCUUCAUUCAAGAGGUUUACACCUCAGAAUAACUACGAGGCAGCAAACGAAAAGGAAAAGAAUGUUGUAAGCAAAGAUCCCAACCCUGGAAAUAAAGGAGCUAGUAGUUCUACCACUACUCAGCAGAGUAAAGCACCAGCUCAAAGGCAGAAUAAUCCUUAUGCUAAACCAUCUCUUGAUAAGUGUUAUCGUUGCCAAGGACAAGGUCACAAAUCAAAUGUUUGUCCAAGCAGAAGAACUGUUGCUUUGCUAGGAGAAGAAGAAGACAAAGAACAAGAGUUUAAUGAGGAUGAUGAAUAUGAAGGGGUUGAAUUUGCUGAAGAGGAGUCACAUGAGAAGAUAAACAUUGUGCUUCAGAGAAUCUUAUUGUCAUCUAAGGACGAAGGACAACGCAAGAAUUUGUUUAGAACACACUGCUCAAUUCAAAACAAAGUGUGUAAUGUGAUUGUGGAUAAUGGAAGCACAGAGAAUUUGGUUUCUCAAAAGCUGGUUGAUUUUCUGAAGUUGCCAACAAAAGAACAUGAGAACCCAUAUCCUCUUGGGUGGAUAAAGAAGGGCUCACAAGUUCGAGUCACAAUGACUUGCAAAGUUCCCAUCUCCAUUGGGAAACACUACAAGGAAGAGUAA